AACAAGAAGUCGUCAUGCCUAGACUUGACUCAGAAUCAGAAGACGGUAGAAUCAGGUCUCGGUGUCUGUGAGGUCAUGAGCGGGAAGCAGGAAUUACUACAUGUCUACAGCACUUGUGUAACGCCGGUCCGCCUGUACAUACACGUCCCAGAGCGAGAGACCGCUGUCAUUACUAAGCUGGAAGGGCUUAGCAAAGCCUACGGGGAACAGGAAACCAGCAGCAGACACAAUGACAUGAGAUUAGUGACGAGUGAAGCCCCUAAACGUGACGUCGACACGACAGAAACCAGCCGUGCCCUUCCCAGCUUUCAAUGCCAGUGAAACGGCUCAGGUGAACUUCCUCAGUAUCUGAGAUCACACAGAAGUUACGUUGCCAGGUGUGACAUCAUCACAGACCAAACAAACGCCGAGCUUUAGGGAGGGUCAGACUCUAUCUGGACCUGCGGAGCUUCACCUGUCUGACAAUCUCUGGACUUUAACACUCGGGAUCUACGACGGACUCUGUACUGCAGAAGCAGAGCUCAAAAACAGGACAAAACCGCAACGAUCUCUUGGGUUACGCCUAACAAGUCUCGUCAUGUUAGCAGAAACACCUCUAACGUUUGUUGGCCUCAGACCUCAGAUGUUCAGAUGUGGGCGUGAAACACCUGCACACCUUUCCGGAACCAAGCUUUCCGCCACCAGCUGAAGCUCAUCACUUGCUGUCACACUGCUGAAGUCUUAAGAUGCCCUUGAGGACGUCGUUUCUCCGCAAACCCACGUCUGGACGCUGGCUGAGGAGGCUAUCGAACCGAAAGGAGGUUCAGUCAGUCAACAUGAUCAGCCUGCCCCUGGGUGAUUUCCGUCACCUGUCUCACAUCGGCACGAGCGGACACACGGACAGUUUCGGAGACCUGUCGUUCCUGAAGAAAGGCCACAGUCUCCUGCUGCAGAGCUCCAAGAGCGAGCAGAACCUGUUCCUCCCGCCGCCGCCCAAGCCGCCCCGCGUCAACAUGGACGAAGCAGGCCGGUGCAGCCCGAUCUGGGAGCACGCGCCGGACAAUCAGAGGCAGAAGUGCAGCUCGCUUCCCCUCCUGGACACGGAGGAAGACGAGGACACGUGUUCACACACGGAGCAGACAGGCAUCAGCUGGAGCCCUGCUCGCGGCAGCCUGAGCUCCGGACGGGAUUCGACCCAAACCAACCCAGAGGAAACACAGCCGGACCAAACGGACUCAGCGUUCACGUUCAGUCUGGAUCUGGGACCGUCCAUACUGGACGCCGUGCUGCAAGUGAUGGAUAAAGUCCAUCAAUCGUGAACUGGAAACUAGGGCUGUCAAAUAAAAAUUCGAAUUUCGAUUAUUUGUCGAAUAA